AUGCACGGUGCUGCGUGGUACGGUGUGGUGCGGCGUAGUGUGGGGCGUUGUGGAGCGGCGUGUUGCGGCUUAGUGCGGGGCGGCGUGAUGCGGGAUGGCGUGGUGCGGGACGGCGUGGUGCGGGACGGCGUGGUGCAGGCGGCGUGGCACGGGGUGGUGCGCACGGUGCAGGGAGUGCGCGCGGGAGCGAUGGACCCGACAGACGCCCCGGAUUCGUGGGAGCUGGAGGAGGAUGCCCAGGCCCCGGUGACUGCAGCGGCGGAGCUCCCGGUGGCCUUUGCCGCUCUGAACGUCAACGCGAAACCCUUUGUCCCCAACGUAAACGCCCCGGUGUUCGUGCCCAGCUUCCUCCAGACCACGGCAGCGGACACGGCGGCUUCAGACGGUUCCGCAGAGCCCGUGUCCAGCAUGGAGGUGGCAGACACAGUCGCUCCAGUGGAGAACGGGGGCACAGAGGCCGAUAUGACCACGGAGGAGGAGACCUGGGAGCAGAAGGAGGAGCCCGGAGGGGGAGGAGGAGGGGGCCAGGGGGAGGAGGAGAUGAUGGAGGAGGAAGAGGAGGAGACGCCUGUGCCCAAAGUGGCCCCCCCUCCACCAGACGCCCCCAAGAAGGAGCACGUCAAUGUGGUCUUCAUCGGGCAUGUUGAUGCUGGGAAAUCAACUAUUGGGGGCCAGAUCAUGUAUUUGACUGGAAUGGUGGAGAAGCGAACCCUGGAGAAAUAUGAACGGGAGGCCAAGGAGAAGAACAGAGAGACUUGGUACCUGUCGUGGGCCCUGGACACAAACCAGGAGGAGAGGGACAAGGGGAAGACGGUGGAGGUGGGCCGCGCUUACUUCGAGACGGAGAAAAAACACUUCACCAUCCUGGACGCGCCCGGGCACAAGAGCUUUGUACCAAACAUGAUCGGAGGAGCGUCUCAGGCCGAUCUGGCAGUGCUGGUGAUCUCAGCCAGAAAGGGCGAGUUCGAGACGGGCUUUGAGAAGGGGGGGCAGACACGGGAACACGCCAUGCUGGCUAAAACCGCCGGAGUCAAACAUCUCAUUGUCCUCGUCAACAAGAUGGAUGACCCCACAGUCAACUGGAGCCUAGAAAGAUACGAGGAAUGUAAGGAAAAGCUGGUGCCAUUUUUGAAAAAAGUGGGCUUCAAUCCCAAAAAGGACAUCCACUUUAUGCCUUGCUCUGGACUCACAGGUGCCAACCUCAAAGACCCGGUGCCAGACUGCACCUGGUACACGGGCUUGCCAUUUAUACCCCACCUGGACAGCUUGCCAAAUUUCACCAGAUCCAGCGAUGGACCUGUCAGACUGCCAAUCGUAGAUAAGUAUAAGGACAUGGGCACAGUGAUCCUUGGGAAACUGGAGUCAGGGUCCAUCAGCAAAGCCCAGCAGCUGGUCAUGAUGCCAAACAGGCACACGGUGGAGGUGCUGAGCCUGCUGAGCGAUGACGUGGAGACGGACGACGCGGCUCCGGGGGAGAACCUGAAGCUGCGUCUGAAGGGCAUCGAGGAGGAGGAGAUCCUGCCGGGCUUCAUCCUGUGCAGCCCCGACAACCUCUGCCACUCAGGGCGCACCUUUGACGCACAGAUCGUCAUCAUUGAGCACAAGUCAAUCAUUUGCCCUGGAUACAACGCAGUGCUUCACAUUCACACCUGCAUUGAAGAAGUGCAAAUCACGGCCUUAAUUUGUUUGGUGGAUAAGAAGACGGGAGAGAAGAGCAAAAACCGCCCACGCUUCGUGAAACAGGACCAGGUGUGCAUCGCCAGACUGCGGGCGUCAGGAGUCAUCUGCUUAGAGACCUUUAAGGACUUCCCUCAGAUGGGACGGUUCACACUGAGAGAUGAGGGCAAAACCAUCGCCAUCGGUAAAGUCCUGAAGCUGGUGGCAGAAAAGGACUAA